AUGAUGAAUUUCGCUCUUAGCAGCCAAUUCUAUAUCGAUGCUCUAGAACGUGCGAUACACGAGCAAGUUCCGCAGCACUUUCAAACGCUGGCGGAAGAAAACCAGCUCAAUCCGUUCGAUCUCGUACCACUGGACAUGAUGACGACGGUGGUGGAACCGUCAGCGGAUGACAUUGGCUCCGCGAUCGAAGAGGAGCGCGAGACAAAGUAUCUGCAGUCAGCGCAAAACCAGCAGCUGCCGCAGCAGCAAUCCGACGAGCAGCACAGUAGUAGUGGCAGCGAAGGCAACCCAUUCUGCGACAUCAAUGAUAAUAGUAUUCUGGUUGAGUUUGAAAAGAUAGACGAUGAGCUGGAUGAGGACGGAGGAUGUAAUAAAGAAAACAAUACUCUAUACGAAGACGGAGAGCCAUCGCAUGCCACUAUCACGAUCGAGGGUCCGGACAAUCAAAUACUGGCCCGGUAUCGUUGCAACUAUGGCAGUUGUAACCGCAGCUAUAGUACGGUAGGCAACCUGAGGACACACAUGAAAACACACCGAGGUGAGUACAAGUUUAAAUGCACCGAAGAGGGCUGCACCAAAGCGUUCCUGACGUCCUACAGCCAGAAGAUACAUAUACGCGUCCACACGAAGGUGAAACCGUACAUCUGCAGCGAGAGCAGCUGUCGCAAAGCGUUCAACACGCGGUACCGUUUGAGGGCACACGAGCGGCUCCACAAUGGCGAAACGUUCAAUUGUUCCGUCUGCCAGAAGGUUUUCACCACGCUGAGUGAUCUGAAGAAACAUUCGCGUGUUCACACUCAAGAGAGACCGUACAAAUGCAAAGAAGAUAAAUGUGGCAAAGCGUUCACCGCAUCGCAUCAUCUGAAAACGCACAUCCGGACACAUUCGGGUGAACGUCCCUUUUCGUGCAAGAUCAAUGAUUGUAACAAAUCCUUCAGCACACCCCACAGUCUGAAAACACAUUCGAAAACACAUGAAAAAGCGAAGAAAAAAUUUUCCAAAUCCUCCAAAAUGAAGAAAAUGCGUUCAUCGGCUGAUGAUCAUGAAGCUGAAAUGUCCUCCUACGAUAUUGUGCUUCUGGACGAUGAAUAUGAAACAGAAGGGACACGUGCAAUCGACAACGUUAAUGACCAGUCCCCGAAUGCGCAACAGGCUGAUGUGGAUCCGCCAGAUCCUGUGAACAGCAUUGUGGCUGCCGAGAACGAAUUUAGCUUCGUACAGGUGAAUGAUUUCCACGAAUCAAAGGCCCUCGAACUGGCGCUUGCCGCGGAGGAAGAGCUUAACCCACAAUGGAUCGACAUUUCGAUGUUACAAACGAAAUCGCUCGCAACACUCGAUCCCGUAACGUCCGCCUGUGUAGCACUCCCGACCAAUGUUCCGUCAUAUGUGGAUCUUUCAUUUAAUGUGAAUGUAGCGGACUAUCUACCGACCACGGAUACGAUUGCCGCAACCACUACAACCACAGGUGGAGCUGAUCUUACCGGUGAACUUCCUGCCGAUGGAUCGCAGGUGUUUACAAUCGAGAAUUAUUUUGACGAAAAUUUGCUUGAAAGUGCCAACGCUACCGUACAGAUUGAUCGUGCAAUACAAAACAGUGAACAGCGUGCCGGUGUGGUGAAGCAGGAAGAACAGGAAGAAACGGAAAAGCUAAUCAAUGAACUGUUUGCCGAGGAGUUCCUACCGAAGCUAAAUUCAUCGUCGGAUGCUAUGGCAGGGAGUACGCAAGGUCCCGAACCAUUGGGAAGUGGCGGUUUCGUAUCGGUUAACCAAAUGGAAACUGCUCAAUCCGAACCAAACAACAUGCUAAUGAACGGCCCAAUCCCUGUGGCGGUUGCUUCGACCAAAACACUUAAGGACAUAACGGCCGAUGCAGAUAUUUGUCGUUGUGUCAAUUGCCAGUGUGAUCCGUUGCAGGGUUGCAUUGGAGGCUGUGGUCCUGAGAAUCCUUGCCGUGGUACAGCAUCUGCAAGUUCCGAAUUCAACGCAUCUCCUUCGCUGCUGCCAACCAUAUCCCAAACGCAGGAUCGACACCAUGCACAGUUGCAACCAGCAACCUCGAUUGAAGCGCAAUCCACCACCGUACCUGGUGGCACCGUGCACUUGAUGGCAAUGCAGCAACCUCAAGUCGAACCGUUAAAAGAACCUUUUUUGCAAUCUUCUUGUUGCAAAGCAUCGGUAGCAGCAAACGACAAUGGUAUUAGUGGAAUCGGACCCAAACUAACCGAUCAACUGGAACCGCUGACUAAUAUGCUGAAAAGCUUACAGAACUGUUCCUGUGCUGGACCGCGGGAUGGCCAUUCGAAGGGUUGUUGUGUGGUCAUUUGUUUGAAGACGCUGGAAACGCUCAAAAAGGUACUGAGCACACACUCCAGCUUGAUCCAUUGUCAGAAUAGCAGUAGUGCCAUAAUCAACUGA